CAAUCUCAAAACUAAAUUUAUUUAGUUUCUUAUCAUACAUUGAACUUUUGAUGCCUCCCCUAAUGUAUUGUACAUGAGGAGGAUCUGAAUUUUUUGAUUGAACUUGUCCUCCAAAGCAGACAAGAAAUUUUGAAAUACAUACCGAUUAAGAUUCAUAUAAUAAUCUUUUGGACUGUUUAUUUUGAAAUUUAUAGUUGCGGUUAUAAUGGCCAAUCCUCCUUGUUGAAUUCCUAUAUGGUUCUAUAAGUCUUAUAUGGAUCUAUCACAUGGGUAAGGUGACCCAAUACCAAUACUGAACUUGAGGGGAAAUAUCCCCCAUGCUAGUGCAGUAUCAGUUUUUUGGUUUCACUUCUCAGAAAUGUAAAUCAAUAAAUAUUCAAGAUGUUUGCAGACUUAUAAAUUUUUAUCAUUUAGAGGCAUUCAGAGUGUAGCUUUUCGAAUUAUUGAUAUGGGUAUACGUGGUCUCCUUGGUCAUUGCUUUCGCAAUCCCGAAAAAGUUGGAGACAUUGAAGAUCUUGUGGCAAGAGCAAAUUCACCAGACGGCACAGGAAUCAAAAUUCUUGUAGACUUUACUAAUUUCUUAUACCAACUCACCACAUUCGUGGAUGGAUAUGUGAAGCAGCAGAAUCCAAAUAAACAGAUGCGCCAUUUGGGUAUCUAUGGGGGUGAAUAUGGUAUUCUUCAUCUCCUUGUUAAGCGCUUUGUGAAUACUCUUCGUCAUCACCACAUUGAAAUUGUGUGCUUUGUGGAUCCAAGCCAGGGCACUGAUCUAGAUGCAUUCACAGCAAAACUAGCUACUCACAAAAUAAGGCAUGUUCAGGAUGUGAAAAAACAACACCAAAUGCUACAGAAAUAUAAAGACACACAUGGCAACUCCUGCAUUGAAUCUAGAUUUCCCUGCUUGACUAUGGACCAAGCUCUAACGACCUUAAAGUCCCUAGACGUGAAAAUUCAGUAUCCGAAGAUUGAAGCUGAGUCCGCCAUCAUGGAUUACAUGGAGAAUUGUGAUUUAUAUACAGUGGUCCUAGCCAAUGAUAGUGACUUUUGUGUAAUGCAAGGAUGCCGAUUUAUUCCCAUGGAUAAAUGUACAUUUGAUAUCACAGGAGAACUAAGAAAAGCAUUGUUCAGUUCCCAUGAGGUACCCAUACCAUUAAAAGAGUUGAAAUGUCUCAUUGUGACCCCGGAAAAGGUAGCAAGAUCAUUUCAGUUGGAAAAUUACACAGAGCUUAUAGAAGUGGCUGUUCUGACUGGAAGUGACUUCACAAAGCCUUUCAUACAGCAAUACAAACUAGGUAAAGGACUAGAUAAAAAUGCAGAGACAAUCAGAAGAUGUCAUAAGGUCGAGCAUUCAGAAAUAAAACAAAAACUGAAAGCAAAUCCUGAGUUCAGACAAGCAGUGGAAUACACUAGAAAGUUUUACAAGAAUGAGAAAGAUCCUGUAACAGAAAGUUCCACAACUAUAACAGCUUUAUACUCCUAUUUGGAAUAUGCUGUAAACAAUGGAUCUAUGAAUCGACGUGUACUUGCUUGGUACAAUAAAAUAUAUUCCAAGUACUUGGAAAUGGAAGACAGGGAGAAUGGUACACCAACUGUGUAUGAGGUGACAGAAGACAUUAGGGUUAGUCUUUAUGCAAUGGUGUCAGAAGAGGGAUCAUUGAUGUAUGUGAAUGAGUAUGGCUCUACAAACAGAGAAGAUUAUGCAAUUAAAAAGGUCCAUUUUGACGAUGUUAAGGGCAAGCUUCCAUCUGCCAUCAAUGUCCCAAGUAUUGGAAGAGCUGAACAGCUUCACUUAUUUCACAGGAUCUUGUCCCAACAAGACUUCAAGGAAAACAAAACAGGGCAAGAUGUUCAUCCAUUUUUUGAUCAAUAUCAAGAUCAUAAAAUGAGUUUCAAGUGCUAUGUUAUCAACUAUUUGAUUGGUGUAGUUAAGAGACCUUCUUCAAACUUUACACUAUCACCAAAGGAACUUUUUGCUGUGGUGUAUAUGGUUUUUGGAAAUCAUCAGAAUGUGCCACUCAGAAAUUACAGUCCAACUGUGAAAUAUCUGACACUGUCAACAUACAUACAGGUCAUAUAUCAGCAUGCUGUUCAUGUAGCAGAACUUCUUUGUAUACGAGAUAUAGUGCCCGAGCCCCAACAUCUCUUCAUUGGCCACGUAUUUGUGCAUUACUACACAUCCUUCAGCCAGACAGGCAUUCCAGGAGGAGCUAGAAGUGAUAUUCAAGGAAUCUGGUGCUCACUGAUAAAUACCAACACAAGACUAACACCUGAGGAGAAAACCAAAUUCAUUAAUCUUAAAUGCAUAGCUUAGCAGCCAUUGAACCAUGGUCUGUUGAAUUGAACAUUGACUUAUGAAUACUGUAGAUGCAAGGUGCAUUUUGUACAUAUGUUUCAUAUAUUGAAGACAUUUGAGGCAUUUGACGAGUCUUUUAGUCAUGUUAACCUUACCUAAGAUAAUAAUUGAUAUUUAGCUUGACUCAUAUGUAGAUAAUACUCUAUUAGGAUAUGAAGCAAAGCAUUGGAGCAUCAUUUGCAAGAUGUAAUGACAUUAAAUAAGCUUCAUACAAAGCCGACUCCUUAUUUCAAAAUUGUGAGACUCCAAAAAAUCCCUAUCCCAUCAUUUCCAUGAUUC